AUGGCAAAGUUCCCGUGUUUGGACAGACCCAAAGGCUGCCAGUGGGGAGAGAGGGGCUCGGCACAGGGACCAGGCCAUGCCCCCAGCCAGGGCUGCCCCGUCCCUGUCCCGCCCGUCCUGCCGCACUCUCGCCUCCGCCCAGCUCUGGCCGUGCUGGCGGUGGCUCUGCUGGGCGGGCAUCAGUGCCUGGGGCUGGGGCGGCAUCGCCUCCCUUCGGCUCCCCCUGGCCUGAGCCCGGCCCGAGCUCCACCGCUCGGCAGCGCGGCCGCCGGCCCCGAGCCGCCGCUGUCCCGUUGCAAAGAGCGAACGCCUGGGGCUGCCCGGCCCGGGGCGGCCGAGGGGCGCUCGGGGGCCGUUCCUGGCCCCGGGCCGAGCGCUGACAGCCGCGUCUCGCCGGCAGGGAAGGCGCAGCAGGGCCUGAAGGAGCGGAACCGGCUGGGUUCGCUGCUGGGCCGCGGCGGCUGCGGCAGCGUCUGGGCGGUGACGCGGCUCUCGGACAGUGCCCGGGGAGUGGCGGGGCCGGCGGCGGGUGCGGGAGGAGGAGGAGGAGGAGGAGAAGGAGGAAUUGUCGGGGUGUGGCGGCAAGGCGGUGAGCUCAGCCCGCUGCUGCCCCUUGCUCGCAGCGCCCAUCGAAUACGUGCCGCGGGAUCGCAUCCGGCACUGGGGCAAGCUGGAGAGCGAGUGGGGCCAGGGGGUGAAGCCGGGGCGUGCCGGGCGGCGAGGAACCGGGUCCCAUCAGGGUGGGAGCCACCGGGAGCCCUGCAGGGAGAGCGGGCGUGGGGUGAGCGGGGAAUGCAGAGCGUUCUGGAUGGGGUGAAGGGUCCCAGAGCCCUGGCACGGCCCAAGCCCAACUGAGAUCGUGCCCCUGGAGAUCAUGCUGCUGGCCAAGGUGCCCUCUGGGUGUGCUGGUGUCAUUCAGCUCCUGGAGUGGGUUGGGUUGAGCUGCCCAACAGCUUCUUGUUGGUGCUGCAGCGUCCAGAGCGGUGCCAGGAGCUCUCGGGUUUGCUGGCGGAGCGGA